AUGCGCUUCAUGCUGCUCUUCAGCCGGCAAGGGAAGCUGCGCCUCCAGAAGUGGUACCUGGCCACCUCCGACAAGGACAAGAAGAAGAUGGUGCGGGAGCUCAUGCAGGUGGUGCUGGCCCGCAAGCCCAAGAUGUGCAGCUUUCUGGAGUGGCGGGACCUGAAGGUGGUCUACAAAAGGUACGCCAGCUUGUACUUCUGCUGUGCCAUUGAGGAGCAAGACAAUGAGCUGAUCACGCUGGAGCUCAUCCACCGAUACGUCGAGUUGCUGGACAAAUAUUUUGGCAGUGCCCAGCUCCCUCCCUCCCCCAGCCGGCCCGCAGAUUCCUUGCGGGUCCCCACUUGUGAAGAAUAUCUGUGGACCACUUGUGUCCCUGGUGCAAAAUUGGAAGAUGAGUCACCCCGAAGCGUGCUGGAGGAGAUGGGGCUGGCAUAG